AUCUACGCGCAUGCGCAAAUCUAGGCGCGCACGAUUUAAAAUGGCUGACUUUGCCGAAAAUGUGAAAAUUGAAUGUAGAAGUAAACGUGCGAUCACUUCUAUCGUUACCGCAAUAAACGAGCACAUUGAACAUAUCGUAUCAGGAAACCCUGAAGCCUCUGACGAAGACAAAGAACGAUGCAGAUUACGGUUUCGAGAGAUUUAUGAAACAGCUAUUCAACAGAACAUCCUUAUAGAUGGAGAAGAGUGUUCACUUGCUGAUACCCACGAUGAAACAUCAGAAUUUGAACCUCUUGAUGUGGACAAAAGAAAUUACAUCAAUAAUGAGUUGGUACCCAACUUUGACAGCGCUAUUGUGCGUGUAGCGCGGAAACGGAAGUUCCAUCCUCGAUUUUGUGAAGAAGAAACCUAUGAAAUCAUCAAUAAAAAAGCCUUUUACUUGGCUAAGGUGGAGGUGACGGAUGAAGGGAGACAACCCUUUACUCCUAAAGAAGAAGCCACUCUGCUUGCAGACCCACAACUUAAGGAAGACCUGAAGAGUGCUUCAUCACAGCUUGAUGCAAUUGCUAAGUCUGUGACAUCAUCUGUAGAGAAGGCAGAGAAACUACACACAGCCGUGGGCAUCCUUCAACAGCCAUCCAAAACUGACAGGAUCAUAUAUGAUAGUGGAAGCAACAUUGCUAGCAGCAGUCUGAACACUCCAUUGAUCCCAAGGCUCAAUGGAACAGCAGUCUCUAGCAUUGCUGUGUCAGAUGCACCAAGCUCAAGGCAGCAUCAAGACUAUGUUGUAGAGAUGUAAUAUAAAACAUGUAGACCUCUCUCAAGCUCUACUCAUGGUCAGCUUGUGCCAAGCUCCAAGUUUUGUGAUAUGAGACAGAGAUGUUUGAUAUAAGGUGUUCUUACUUAAAACUUUAUGAAGCUUGACUUGCCAGUAUCCUCUUUUCUUGUAUAACUUAAAAUUAUGAUGCUCUCUGUAUGUUUUACUAACUAGAAUCUAUAACAGUGAUACUUGAUAGUGUCAUGAAAAAAAGUUUAAUUGUCUAAAGUACUUGAUUAUGUUUGCUAGGGGAAAUUUUGUGUUGAUAAUAUCAUUGAGAAAUUAUUUCCAACUUGAUGAUACAUAAUAGUAAAUAUUUUCUAGAAGCUAUUUUCCCUGAAUUUCUGCCUGUAAUAUAUUUUUGGUGUAAUGAAAAUGUCAGAUUGCCUGACACAUGUUUUUAAGGUUAUCUUGUAAUCCCCAUGUAUUGCUUGAAAUCUGUGUGAAACGGCAACCACAGGUCUCCCAGGCCCUGCCAUUCAAUGUGCUGAGUUCCACAAAGCAAUCUUAGCACUAAGGCUGUUGUAAGUCUAUGUUAAGAUUUGGAGUUGUGAUGGUCUUAGUGCUGCUAAGGUAGCUUUGUGCAAGUGUCCCAGGUGAUAAAAUGCGAUAUUUGAAUCUAUUUUCAUGUGCAUGUGUCAGCAGUUUUGGAUGGAUUAAAAAAAGAGAGACCACUACAGGUGCUGUUUAAAAUAAGUUAUAAGUAUGAUUAUUAAUUGAGCUUUGGCAAACUUUUUUUUCUGUGUUGAUAGUUCUGUACAGUGAUCAGAAUUGGCAUGGAUAGUUUUCCCUGUGCAACUGACCAACCCACACAACAUGGACAAUAAAUCACAAGAUGCUUGGAUGACCAAAUUCAUUUUUGUUUUCAUUUGAACCACCCAAUCUAAUAUAAAGUUUGUAAAACAUGACAUAAAAGGUAUAACCUUGGCAUAAAAAUAGCUGUUUAAGGUGAAAAAUGUUAACUGUAAAUCAACACAUGGUUAACAUUGUCUGUUUUUCCUGUGCUUGGAAUUUUUGUUUUUGUAUUUUUUUCAUCUUAUUGUACAUUAUUAAAGAUAGUUUGUAAAUAAUAUAUUUAGAUUAAUAAUGAAUUAAAUUCAUUAACAAAUGAUAGUUGUUAUUUUCAUGUAGUAAUAACAAUUACAUGUAUUCAUUUAGCUCUCCCAUUUUAGAACCUUUCUAUUUGCAUGAUACGUGACACAGCAACAAUAAAAUCUCAAGGUAAUGUUCUACUUUGGGAGAUUGUGAACCAAACACUGGUUUUUUUUUUCUCUCACAAUUUUGAAUAUAAGAAUACAAUAAUGACAAAGCA